UGCUGAGACAAGCACCGAGCAGAAAAGAGUUCAGCUCCUCCACAAUGGACUCAGUCAUCAUGUCCUUCAUUCUCAUGAAGAAAAAAAGGUUUAAAUUUAAAAUAGACGUCGACCUGGAGGAGUUGUCGUCAGUUCCUUUCGUGAACGGAGUUUUGUUUUGUAAAGUGAGACUUUUAGACGGAGGCUUCGCCGAGGAGUCGUCUCGGGAGCCCGUCCAAGCUAACAGUGUGCACUGGAAGAAGAGGUUCUCUUUUAUUUGUAAGAUGAGUGCCAAUGCUGGGACAGGAGUGCUGGACCCCUGUGUAUGCAGAGUGUCAGUGCGCAAGGAACUAAAAGGUGGAAAGUCUUUUGCAAAGCUGGGUUUCGCUGACUUGAACCUGUCAGAGUUUGCCGGGUCGGGCGGCACGGUACGACGGUGUCUCCUGGAGGGCUACGACACGAAAAACACCAGACAGGACAACUCAAUUCUCAAGGUUGUCAUCACCACACAGCUUAUGUCUGGAGACCCUUGCUUUAAAACUCCACCAUCUACGGCCAUGACUCUGGGAACCUCUCAGGCUGAAGCAGAGGGACUGUUGGAGGACAGAAGAGGAGACAUGCACACAUGUCUCUCUGUAACUGACUUUCUAAGACAAUCGACAUCAGUCCCAGAGGAACUGCUGUCCUACGGUCACUCCAGAACACCCAGCCAUACAAGUCAGCUUUCAAAACUCUCAGGUUAUAGUUCGAUUCACUCCAGUUCAACAGAUUUGAGUCAUCGACGAACCAAUUCAGGAGAUUCUGCCUCUACAGGCAUCGAAAGUAUUGGGCCCAACGAUCAACCAGUCUCUGCAACCUGUCAGCAUUCAUGUGAAAAUCUCUCCACCCCCAACAAGGUUCACAGACCUCCAGUAAAGCAGAACUCGGUGGAGAACCAGCUGAAAAGAGUUGACGCCACCCGGGUGGACGCUGAUGACAUAAUAGAGAAAAUCCUGCAGAGCCAGGAUUUCAGCCAUGGCUUCUUGGAUUCCAGUGCAGAGGAGGAGGGGCUCAGCUUGUUUGUGGGUCCUGGUGGGAGUACUGCCUUGGGAAGCCAGCACACGAGGGUCACAGCCGGAGCCUUUGAGCAGGUGGUGAUCGGCAGGCUUUAGGACUCCACACAAGAAGGACCCUUUUUCUCAGAAGAGGUCACAAGGCAGAGCUCUGGAUGUCCCAUCAAAACUUGUUCCCAGAAGUUUUUGUUAUGCAAGACAUUUAUGUGACUUACAGCAAUUGUUUGUCGUGGAAGACCUCUAGUGUUCAAAAGGUGUAUUUGAAGGCCACAAAAUUAAAACAUUUUCUACACCGAGAUAGCUGCUGCACACGUCUCUUAUGAUCUUCUUGUGCCUUUUAAGGACAUUUAGUUUAUACUGGAUGKAUCCAGUUCUUCAUUUUUGGUAAAAAUACAAAGAACAAUAAUAUGUUUUUCAUGCCCAUCCACCCACUCCACCUUGAUUUUUGGUUCAUUUUUUGCCUGUCUUUUUGCAUUAGUAGUUGACGAAUUUAAAACAAAUAACGAGUAAUUUGUAAUUAUUGUUACUGACAAAGGUUUUAAGUGUUUAUUUUUCAUACCAAAGUGAACACACUAGGAGAAACAAUGUCUCAUUUUCUGAAAACUUUUAAUUCUAACUUAUAUUCAGUAGCUUACUAUUUUUUUUAUAAAUGGCUCAAGCUAUUAAAAAUACAAAACCCCACUUCUAUUCACUAAGUUAUGAAGAAAUAUAUUUACCACAAUCAUUAAGUUUGCACAUUUUGUUCCAGAAGAAUGUUUGUUGUUUAUGUAUUGUUUGUUUGUUUAUCUGUUUGUUUUUGUAAGACAAAAUACAUUUAUUUUUUAUCUAACUGUUAAAAUGUGCCAAAGUUGAAUGUAAAAGUAGUCAAAGAUACAUGUUGUACACAAUUGUAUCAUGACAACAGAUUAUCUGUAAUCGAAUAUUUAAUAAAAAAAAAACAUGUAUAUA